CGGACUUGCUCGAUUCCCUUAUGGAAUAUGUGUGGCGCCAGUGGCUGAAUAACCCCACCUUUCCUGUCAGGAACUGGAGUGUGUUUAUGCUCGCCAUUCGCACCAACAACGAUGUAGAGGGAUGGCACAACAGGCUUAACAGCAGAGUUGCACAAAGAGGUCCUGUUCCCUUCUACUUGUUGUUGGUGGAACUACACAAAGAGGCAAAACAGAUCCCCCUACAGGCAAAGUUGAUCUCCGAAGGGAAGAUGGUUCGCAUCCAUAAGAAAAGGUCAACUCAUGUAAAUGGUAAGCUGUUCGCUGCAUGGAGGAAGUAUUCGGAGGGGGAAAUGACCACCAGUCAGCUUUUGCGGCGUUGUGCCAAUGUGUAUGGACCAAGCGAUUAAACUACGUAUGAUCCUUUCGGAGAUCAAUUUAUAUUUGUAUAUAUAU